CGUGGCCUUGCGUAUAAAUUUUCAAACAGACGCACCCAUCACUGUACAGGUCUGCGGCUGUUAACAUACGAUUUGUAGAAGUAACCACACUCCAAUUGCUUCUGACCAUUUAAUCAUGGAGUCUCUGUGCAGUGCAAACUCUCAGUUCUCUUUGGACCUCUUUAAGAUGUUUGGUGACAAGAAACCGACCAGCAACAUCUUCUACUCACCCCUGAGCAUCUCAUCUGCCAUGGGCAUGGUGUAUCUUGGUUCAAAGGGUAACACUGCUGCAGAGAUCGGGCAGGUUCUUCACUUUACCAGUUCAAAGAAAGACAAAGCUGCUAGUGGAAGUCAACAAAAAGGUUUAAUGCAGCAGAGCCUGGCCAAGACCUUUCAUUUUCACAAGGCUGGAGAUGAAGUGCACUCCCAUUUUAGCACAUUGAUUGCUAACAUCAACAAAAAAGGAGCUCCCUAUCAGUUAAGCAUGGCUAACCGUUUAUAUGGAGAAAGAUCUUAUGACUUUGUUAAGGAAUACAUUGAAAAAACCAACAAGUUUUAUCAUGCUAGCCUUGAAUCUGUUGACUUUGUUAAAGCUCCAGAAGAAUCAAGAAAGAAUAUAAAUGCCUGGGUUGAAAAGCAGACAAAUGAUAAAAUUAAGGAUUUGCUGGCAAGUGGAACUAUAGAUGAUCUCACUAGGCUCGUACUGGUGAAUGCCAUCUAUUUCAAAGGCAAUUGGGAGAAAAAAUUCCAAGAAUCUUCUACGAGAAAUGAACAAUUCAGAAUAAAUAAGAAUGAAACUAAAGAGGUUAAGAUGAUGCAUCAGAAGUCAAAGUUUAAGUUUGCCUUUAUUCCUGAGAUGCAGUGUCAAAUCCUUGAACUCCCAUAUGUUGAGAAUGAACUGAGUAUGCUGAUUUUACUCCCAAAAGACAUUGAAGAUAACUCCACUGGACUAAAGAAGCUAGAACAAAGCCUCACUUUGGAGAAACUGCAUGAGUGGACUAACCCAGACAACAUGGAUAAGAUAGAGAUUAGUGUAUCUCUGCCCAGGUUUAAACUUGAACAAUCAUAUGAUCUGAAAGAGGUGCUCAUCAACAUGGGAGUAGUUGAUGCCUUUGAUAUGUGUAGAGCCGAUUUAUCAGGCAUGUCUCCCAAAGAUGACCUGUAUCUGUCAAAAGCAGUGCACAAAUCAUUUGUCGAGGUAAAUGAGGAAGGCACUGAAGCUGCUGCAGCAACAGCCAUGGUGGUGAUGAUGCGAUGUGCUAUGAUUCCUGCGUCAUUUAAUGCAGACCAUCCAUUCCUGUUCUUUAUAAGACACAACAAAACUCGGAGCAUCCUCUUUUAUGGCAGAUUUUGCUCUCCUUAAAUCUUGGUAAUGCUUCCUAGAUGCAUUUAUGUAAGAAGUUUUUGUUAAUCAUAGGAGGCAUAGUACUGGGAGAGUGAAGUUCAAGAUUUUUAUCCACGACGGUUGCAUAUCAAUAUAUUGUUCAGUGCCUUUUUUUUAACUUCCUAAACACUGUAUUCAUUGAGACAUGAUAAGAAAUACUUUCUUCCUUUCACCCAUUUGGUCAACUUAUGUUUACUCAACUUAUAAUAAGCAGACAUUAUAUUUUGCAAAACUGAAUAUGUUACCUAUAUUCUACUGUGCAUAUAUAGUAUACAAACCUUUACAUUUUGUAACUGGCUUGAUCCAUAUAAGUAAGCAAUAAAGAUUUGUGCAUUUCCUUAAAA